AUGAUCACUUUAUCCGAACCACCGACUCGAGACACCGUGAUGCAGUUCAGUACUUCUGGCCAUCGUGGCCAUAUAUACACAGCAAAGCAUGAAGGAUGGUACUCCGUGAGCGACGAAACGUUCUAUCCCUCCAGUGCCGUCCACGCAACUCUCGACCCAGCGACCGGUCGGAAAAUAAUGUCUGCAAUCGAAACGGGCAAGGAAGUAGAGUGGUCUUCGGAAACGAAUUACCACUUCAGACUCUCCGCCUUUAAGGAUCAGCUCCUCGAUUUCUACAAUGAGAACCCGAAGUUUAUCCGCCCUCAGCGGUAUAUGGAUGAUGUCGUCGAAACAGUCUCCUCUGGCUUGUCGGAUUUAUCGAUCUCGCGACCGGUCCAACGGCUAACAUGGGGAAUCCGUGUCCCUGGUGAUGAAACGCAAACUAUUUACGUUUGGCUCGAUGCUCUUGUGAACUAUCUCACCUAUGCAGGAUACCCAUUUACCCCAGGCAAAGAAAACAAGAGCAUAUGGCCAGCAGACCUACACGUAGUGGGCAAAGAUAUCCUCCGAUUUCACGGUGUCUACUGGCCAGCAUUCCUCAUGGCACUCGAUCUGCCUCUCCCUCGCCAGAUUUUGUCUCAUGCGCACUGGACAAUUGGGCGCGAGAAAAUGUCCAAGUCCACCGGCAACGUGGUGAAUCCCAUCUAUGCGAUUACCCGCUUUGGGGUGGAUCCGCUUCGAUUUUACCUUGCUCGCGAUGGAGGGCUCUCCGACGACGCUGAUUAUGAAAACGCGUUUGUCACAGAACGGUAUAAGAAAACAUUGCAAUGGGCUCUCGGAAACCUGGCCAGUCGGCUGGUCCGGUCGAAAAAAUGGAGCGUCCGACAAAGCAUCGAACGGAGCUUUGGGGGUGAGCUUUCGAAGCCGUCCGAGGCCGAUCGGAAGCACCAAGAACUGCUGGAAGAGGUUCGCGACGUGACGAAGACGUGGAUGGACGAUGUCAAUCCACGAAAGGCGGCCGAAAGCGUCGUGGGGAUCAUUUACGAGACAAACAAAUACUUCCAGGACUCAAGCCCCUGGUCUUUGGCCACCCAGUCCGAGAUGGGCUCGCCGAACAGGCUCGACCGCGUGGUUUAUAACACCGCAGAAUCCCUGCGGAUCGCCGGGAUCCUCUUACAGCCGUUCAUGCCAGAGAAGGCCGCGCGACUCCUCGAUAUGCUUGGCGUUGCGGGGGAUCCUGCGAAGAGAAGUUUCAAUGCGGCCACGUUUGGAGCAGACAGAGACUACGGGGUGCCGCGGGUGGAUGUGAAGAGAGGGACGGAGGGGACCCUCUUCCCGCCGCUCUUGACUGAGGAUUAA